AAGUGACAGCGGAGGCUUCUUAUCCAACGCACAUCUUGGUCCAUGCUCUGUAACUCAUGUUGAAAAAUACUGGGCACAAUGUAAAGGAUUCCUGUCAGUAAAAUAUCCGGACACACUGAGCGGACACACUGAGCGGACACCCUGAGCGGACACCCUGAGCGGACACCCUGAGCGGACACCCUGAGCGGACACACUGAGCGGACACCCUGAGCGGACACCCCGGUGACUGUGGAAGCCGUUGACCACGUUAGAUCAAACCGGUGUCUCACUUUGUGUGACAAUGGCAACAAAAAGCAGGUUUGUUCUGCACAGAGUGUUCAGUGGACUAAGAGCUCACACUGUUCGGGUUAGGAGCUCAGCUUUGACCUCAAGACACGGACGCUUCCUGUGGAGAGCGGAUGUCAGACACCUGAGCUGCUCAUACACACUCUACCAGCCGGACGCUCCCGCCACAGGUCCCAGCAGUUUGUCAUUCAGGAGUCACACUUGUGGAGAGCUGAGGUCACAUCAUGUAGGAGACACGGUCACUCUGUGUGGUUGGGUCCAGUACCUCAGACAAGACCUGUUUGUCAUCUUGCGAGAUUUCAGUGGCUUGACACAAAUUUUAAUUCCUCAAGAAGAAUCUGCAAGUAAUUUGAAAGCAGCGCUGUGUGACCUAACAGCUGAGUCUGUCAUCAAGGUUACAGGAACUGUCAGACGACGACCAGCAAGACAGGAGAACAAGGGGAUGCCAACAGGAGAAAUAGAAGUACUUGCUGAGGACGUGGAGGUUUUCAAUGUGUCCCGCAUAUUACCAUUUGAGAUUAAAGACUUUGUCAAAAAAUCCGAGUCUUUGCGGAUGCAGUAUCGCUACCUGGACCUGAGGUCCUCACAGAUGCAGAAGAACCUCAGACUGAGAUCUGAGCUGGUGAUGAAAAUGAGAGAAUACCUCUGUAAUGUACACGGUUUUGUUGAUGUGGAAACUCCUACUUUGUUCAAAAGAACACCAGGGGGAGCCAAAGAGUUUGUGGUGCCUUCCAGAGAGCCUGGCCGGUUCUUUUCCCUGCCCCAGAGUCCACAGCAGUUUAAACAGCUUCUCAUGGUGGCUGGUAUUGAUAGGUACUUCCAGAUGGCUCGGUGCUACAGAGAUGAAGGCUCCAAACCAGACCGGCAGCCUGAGUUCACUCAGGUCGACAUUGAGAUGUCUUUUGUGGACCAGGCAAGUAUAAUGUCCCUAGUGGAGGGUUUGUUACAGUACUCCUGGCCUGCAGAGAAAGGUUUGAUUAAGGUUCCUUUCCAAACCAUGACAUAUGAAGAGGCCAUGAGGGACUAUGGUGUGGACAAACCUGAUACAAGGUUCAGUAUGAAGCUGACCAACCUCACUGAGGUUUUCUUAUCCACGGAAAUUGAAUUCCUCAAAUCAGCUCUCAGCCAACCAGGAGGCUCCAUUCAGGCCAUCUGUGUCCCCAGUGGAGCGAAACUUUUCACUGGGAAAGAUUUGGAAAAACUGAAACAAACAGCCAAGACUGAGUUUGGACAGGAGCUGAGCAUGCUGCUGGUCAGAGCAGACAGGACAUUGAAGGCUCCCCUAAAAAAGCUGCUGUCUGCCUCUUCCACAGAGCAGCUGCUGAACAGGACUGGAGCCAAACCUGGAGACCUGCUGCUGAUGGCAGCCGGUUCCCUCCACACUGUGCGCCCGUUGCUGGGUAGUCUUCGCCUGCAGUGUGCGGAGCUGCUGGAGUCUCAUGCCGUUUCACUACGAAAUCUUUCAGCCUUCCACUUCUUGUGGGUUAUGGACUUUCCUCUCUUCUUGCCAAAAAAAGAUGAGCCAGAGAAGCUGGAGUCAGCCCAUCAUCCUUUUACUGCUGCACUGCCAGAGGACAGACAGUUACUCUACACAGAGCCCCACAAGGUGCGUGGUCAGCACUAUGACCUGGUGUUGAAUGGCUGUGAGAUUGGAGGAGGAUCCAUCCGUAUCCACAAAGCCUCAGAGCAGCUUCAUGUCCUGAAGAAUAUCCUCAAGCAGGAGGAUCCCAGUCAACUUUCUCACUUGCUGGAGGCUCUAGACUCAGGAGCACCACCACAUGGAGGCAUUGCUUUAGGUUUGGACCGGCUGGUCUCCAUCAUGGUCAGGGCUCCCAGCAUUCGUGACGUCAUUGCCUUCCCCAAGUCGUUCCGAGGUCAUGACAUCAUGAGCCGCUCCCCUGACUUUGUAUCUGAGGAGGAGCUGAACUCUUACCAUAUCUCUGUCAGAUGGCCAACAAUGCUAGGAGGAGAAGAGAGUGAGAAGAUACAGAAUGAAGAGAAAUAGAGACAUUAGAGGAAAGGGUGAUGCCUUCUCAAAUCUUUGUAACCCUGACGACAAAGGAAAGAGGAUGAUGAGACAGAGGUGAGCAGACCACGACAGCCUAUGAAAGACUCAGCUGGCUGGCAGAGACGAGGAGGAGAGAAAAUGAGGAGGAGGUGAUGUUGUGGCUAGAUCUCAGUCUGUUACUUUGAAAUGGAAGAGAAUAGGGAACAUGGAAACAGCCACAGAGCCCACUUUUGAAAUCAGAGAGUUCAACAAAGAAGGAAACCUUAUCUCACUGAUGAGUUGGAUCAGACUCACUGAUGGUGAAAGACACUAUAAUGGUGUUUGCGCCCAGACCAACACUUCAUAUAAUCAGUCAUUCUUUAAUAAGAGAAAGUUUUCAAUUUCUACAAUUAAAAAUUAGUAAUGGUUCAAAGACUCUCCCUUCCUUAAAACAGGCAGGGCUGUAACUCGAAUUAGAGCUGUUUGUAUUGAUUCCUGUCAUGUGCUGCUCCAAAUGUUUCAGAGCAUUCUCCACUUUGACAAGAAUAAAACUGUGGAAAAACCCUUCAAAAUGUG